CGGGUCAACAAAUUGGGUCCGGGCAGUCGGACGCUCACCCCCUAUCUAAGCCGGCCCUGGGGAAGAUCUUACAGAUGGAGGUUUUGCAGAACCCAUCUUGCUCUCCCCGAUGAUCUUAUUUCCAAGUCUUUCCAUUGCCGGAGAGGAAAGGCUUACCUCUUCAAUCGUUCAGUGAACAUAAGUAUGAGUCCUUUAGAGGAAAGGAUGAUGCUUUCAGGUAUGCACACCGUUGCUGAUAUUUUCUGCUGUUGCUGCGGACAGAAUGUUGGCUGGAAAUAUGAAUCAGCGCAUGAGAAAGAACAGAAAUAUAAAGAAGGCAAAUUUGUUCUGGAAAGAGGAAGGAUCAUGGAUGAAACAUCAACAGAGGUUUGCAUCGAUACUCGAAGCGAGACAGAAGAUUCUUAAAAUGUCAGCUUUAGAUUCUUCCCUCGCCCUCCUUUUUUUGUUGUGUGUGGAAUAGUGUGUUUGUUAAGAUCAGAGCUUGUUACUUGUGUAGAUAUCUGUAGCAUGAGUUUUGUAGAAGAUACAUGUCAUGGAGCUUUCUGUAUUGUGUAAUAUAUCUCAACUUCAUGGUC